AUGACCCAGAGCCUACUGGACACAAAGACAGACGCCUUUGUGGCAUUACCUCCGGGUGAAAUCAGACCUCCGUGCAAACUGAUUGACAGAACACACCAUGUCACUGAGAAAGUCACCCAGGUGCUGUCUCUGGGUGCUGAUGUGUUACCCGAGUAUAAACUACAGACUCCCAGGAUCCAGAAGUGGACCAUCCUUCACUACAGUCCAUUCAAAGCUGUUUGGGACUGGGUCAUUUUGCUCUUAGUUAUUUAUACGGCCAUAUUCACUCCUUACUCUGCUGCAUUUCUACUGAGUGACCAAGAGGAAACAGCCAUGCAGACCUGUGGUUACUCCUGUUCCCCCCUCGAUGUGGUGGAUUUUAUAGUAGACAUCAUGUUCAUUGUUGACAUAAUCAUCAACUUCAGAACCACAUAUGUGAACUCCAAUGAUGAGGUAGUGAGCCAGUCUUCUCGGAUAGCUGUCCACUACUUCAAAGGGUGGUUCCUCAUUGAUAUGGUGGCAGCCAUUCCUUUUGAUCUCCUCAUCUACCGCUCAGGAGAGGAGGUGACCACCACACUGAUUGGCUUACUGAAGACAGCCCGGCUACUGCGAUUGGUUCGUGUCGCCAGGAAGUUGGACCGUUACUCAGAGUACGGUGCAGCUGUCCUCUUCCUCCUCAUGUGCACCUUUGCCCUCAUCGCUCACUGGCUGGCCUGCAUCUGGUAUGCCAUAGGUAAUGUGGAGCGGUCGACCUCGGCUAGAAUUGGCUGGUUGGAUAAUCUGGGUGAGCAGCUAGGGAAGCUGUACAAUGACUCCAUCAUCGGGUCAGGUCCUUCCAUCAGAGAUAAAUAUGUCACAGCUUUGUACUUCACCUUCAGUAGUCUGACCAGCGUAGGCUUCGGGAAUGUCUCCCCAAACACCAACUCUGAAAAGAUCUUCUCCAUCUGCGUCAUGCUUAUUGGAGCUCUGAUGUAUGCCAGUAUUUUUGGAAAUGUGUCAGCCAUUAUCCAGCGGCUGUACUCUGGUACAGCACGCUACCACGCCCAGAUGAUGAGAGUCCGAGAAUUCAUUCGCUUUCACCAGAUCCCCAACCCUCUGAGACAGCGACUGGAAGAAUACUUUCAACACGCAUGGUCAUACACUAAUGGGAUAGAUAUGAAUGCUGUUUUAAAGGGUUUCCCAGAAUGUCUCCAGGCAGAUAUCUGUCUCCACCUCAACAGGUCACUGCUGCAAAACUUUAAAGCUUUUAAAGGAUCCACUAAGGGCUGUCUGAGGGCGCUAGCCAUGAGGUUUAAGACCACCCACGCUCCUCCUGGUGAUACCUUAGUCCAUGCUGGAGACCUGAUAUCAGCUCUGUACUUCAUCUCUAGAGGAUCCAUAGAGAUCCUCAAAGGAGAUGUGGUGGUGGCUAUCCUAGGAAAGAAUGAUAUCUUUGGGGAGCCCAUCAAUCUGUAUGCUUUGCCAGGGAAAUCCAGAGCCGAUGUCAGAGCUCUAACCUACUGUGAUCUGCACAAAAUACACAGAGAAGAUAUGUUGGAGGUUCUGGACAUGUAUCCUGAAUUUUGUGAAUAUUUCUGGUCCAACUUGGAGAUCACUUUCAACCUCAGAGAUGUAUGUUGCUCCUGUUACAGCUCCUCUAUUUAUUGA